GGCUGUAGCCAGUUUUCCUUGGCAAAGUCAGAAGUUACUUUGCAGCUGCCGGGAGCCUCAAACUCCGUAAGACAAUAUGGCAACAUUCGCUAUACGGCUAUUAUUCAAUUUCUGUUUUAUUUCUAGCACUUCCCUACCCACCGGGGACUCUCAAAUUUCAUCAUUCCCCCUAUUUUUUCUCAUCACAACGCGCUCAUUUUAGAAAUUUCUUUCUAGGCUUAGUUGCGGAUGGAAUCGAGGUAACUUUGCCGGAUCGGAAACUGUGGGGCACCAUUUUGUACGGAAACCGGAGGCUGGGCAGUGGCGACUGUUGGGGAAUCCAGACAAGGCCGUGUUUACUGCAGAGAGUAGGGGGGAGGGGCGAGUGGACAGGAGGAGGUUGUUAAAUGAUGAUGUAUUUCCGUUUCCUCUCGGCCCUGUCGUAGUUGAUUGGACCAGCUUGUUGCAGGGAGGGAGGGGUAAGAUUGUUUGUAGCUGAAGAGCUCUUACCACGGAAAGAUAACUGAGGUAAGGUUUUGAAGGGUGGCUUUUGCGCCUAGCUGUCAGAAUCGACUCGACGGCAGUGGGUUUGGUUUUUGGGUUUUGUGUAGGAUGGCUGGGGGGCAGGGCCGUUGGGAUUGAUUGAGAAUUGGAGACGGGAGGCUCAGACUGUCCGGAGGGUUGGAGCGAUGAGAGGAGGUGGGGCGGGGCCAGGGGUUUACAAGGUGAAUUGCAAAGAGGGGCGUGGAUACAGUGGGAUGGGCCGAAGAGAAUGGGGAUGGAGGAGAGGGUGGGAGCACGGCGGGAAGUGUAGAAGGCGCUUGUGGGGGAGGGGGGAGGGCAGGGGAAAUAGCUGGACCUAAAGUCCUUGAGGGAUGAGGAAAGAAGUUGAGAUGGGGCUGGUUGGCAUACGGAGGUAUGGAGGAAGGAGAGUGGAGUCCCUGAAAGGCUGAGUGAGGGGUUGAAAGUAGCUGGUGGCCGAGGUUCUGAUGCUGGCGUGACCAUAUACUUGGCCUUUGUUUCCCCUACUGCUCCCCAGAGACGCUCAUCUAGCUGCCUCUACUCGGGCCUAGCCUUCACUCUCCAGCUGCUACCACAUCCUGGAGGCGCCUGCCUCCGCCCUCCCGAAUGGUGCUCCUCCUCGUAGGCCUCGGCCCAGGAUCCGGACCCCCCUUGCCCCCUGCCUUGGAGCUGUUGCUCCGGAUCUCUCCUGGCGGACUCAUCCUGGGGAGGGAAGGACUUUUGUCCAGACAAGGCCAUCUCUGUAGGAACCCCACUGGCAGUUUGAAUCUCAACCUCUAACCAAGUGUGAGGUUCUUCCUGUGACCCCUUUUUCUGCCUUUUGACAAGAGAAACCUUUCUCCCUUGCCGUCCAGAGCCCAAGAAGCCCCAAGCUGGGGCCCUGGUCCCAGCAUGUCAGUCCUCUCUUGUGCAUAGGGCUCUGCCCUCUACCAGUCAGCAUGGCUGAGCUCAGGCAGGUUCCAGGCGGGCGGGAAACCCCACAGGGGGAGCUGCGGCCUGAGAUUGUUGAAGAUGAAGUCCCUAGGAACCCAGUUGAAGAGGAGCCUGGAGGAGGCAGAAGCAACAGCAGUGAGACCAAAUUGUCCCCAAGAGAGGAGGAAGAACUGGAUCCUAGAAUACAGGAGGAGCUGGAACAUCUGAACCAGGCCAGCGAGGAGAUCAACCAGGUGGAGCUACAGCUGGAUGAGGCCCGGACCACCUAUCGAAGGAUCCUGCAGGAAUCAGCGAGGAAGCUCAACACGCAGGGCUCCCACUUGGGGAGCUGCAUUGAGAAGGCCCGGCCCUACUAUGAGGCACGUAGGCUGGCUAAGGAGGCCCAGCAGGAGACCCAGAAGGCUGCACUACGGUACGAGCGGGCCGUGAGCAUGCACAACGCUGCGCGGGAGAUGGUGUUUGUAGCUGAACAGGGCGUGAUGGCUGACAAGAACCGGCUGGACCCCACAUGGCAGGAGAUGCUGAACCACGCCACCUGCAAGGUGAAUGAGGCAGAGGAGGAGCGGCUGCGUGGCGAGCGGGAGCACCAGCGAGUGACAAGGCUGUGCCAACAGGCUGAGGCUCGUGUCCAGGCCCUACAGAAGACUCUCCGGCGGGCCAUUGGCAAGAGCCGCCCCUACUUUGAGCUCAAGGCCCAGUUCAGCCAGAUCCUGGAGGAGCACAAGGCCAAGGUGACAGAGCUGGAGCAGCAGGUGGCCCAGGCCAAGACCCGCUACUCAGUUGCCCUGCGGAACCUGGAACAGAUCAGCGAGCAGAUUCACGCCCGGCGCCGGGGCCUGCCUCCCCACCCCCUAGGCCCACGUCGGUCCUCCCCUGUGGGGGCUGAGGCUGGGCCCGAGGGUGGCGAAGAUGGGGACAGCGGGAUCGAGGGGGCCGAGGGCGGGGGGCUGGAGGAGGGAGGAAGCCUGGGGCCGGGCCCUGGCCCUGACACGGACACGCUGAGCCUGCUGAGCCUGCGCACUGUGGCCUCGGACCUGCAGAAAUGCGACUCGGUGGAGCACCUGUGGGGCCUCUCAGACCACGCCAGCCUGGAUGGCCAGGAGCUGGGGCCCAGGAGUGGGGGGCCCCAGGGGAGCAACGACGGGGCCCGUGGGGGUCGCCACCAACGCAGUGUCAGCCUAUAGUCGUCAUUCUCAGACCACCGUCCCACUCAGGGGCCCCUCUCCUGGGGUCUGCCCUUCCCUAGGUCACCUUCUCUAGUGCUUCCCUUUGAGAGGCAGCCUGUGUCUGGAGUGCUGUCUGUCAUAGCUUUCUCACAGACUCCUCUCCAGGUGGUAGCUCUCACCUUGCCUUACCUCAUCAAGUCUCGCUGUCGGCUCGCUCUCCUGCUGGUUCCUGUCUGUCUGUCCCAUACUCUUUGCUUUCCUCUUUCUGUCUGACCCCUCCUUCCAUUCCUCUGGCUUUUCCCCAUCAGGGAACUUGGUCUAGAAGACGCACGGAAGCCCAUCAGAGAAGGGGGUGCAGUGGGGCGGAGUCCUGUCCUCACUGCCCCCAGCCUGAGUUGCUAGGCACUGCUCAGGCCACGCGCCUGAGGUGGCCCCGGUGACACUACUGAGUCCUCUUGGAAACCCUGUACCUGUGUCUUCCUAGACUGCCCAGAAUAUAACCUGUAAGACAGACUGUGCUCCUCCCUUGAAAACACUGCCUCUUCCCUUCAGUGCUUGCCUCUCAUGCCUUUAGCGGCACUGGUAUAUGUGCCCCAAAGCAGGACUCACAGGGUGAUGAUGUUAGGGAGGAGGAAACCCAACCCCAGUAUCAGUGUAGGGAACACCAACUCCACACUGGCUCUCCAUGCUUGUGGUGUUUCCCCAGCUAGGCUGGGUCCCUGCAGACUGCAAAGGUGCUAUUGGGUCUCUUGGAUCCAUGUUGGGGAGAGGGUGUGAAGAUGUAAUGAGAUCCUGAUGAUGGGGGCCCCAUUCCCGGGCUUCACCCCCCUGCUGGGGAGUGGGAUUUACCUUUUCUGGGUAGAGGCUGCUGAACUGAAUUUCAGCACCCUCCUGCAGGGUGGAGUUAGGGAAUUUGGUGCUCAGUUGCUCUCCCUGGGUCUUCCGCAAACCAGACAGUUCCUACUCCAGGGUUCUUCGGAGAGUGUUCAAGCAUGGCUACCCAGCCUCCUACCUCCCUUGAUGCAGGGAGGAGUCUGCCUGGGGUCCAGGAUCCCAGCCCUCCACAGGCAGCCCCAGGUGCCUUGUGCUGUUCCCAGGUUGCCAGGAGGGAGAGGUGGGGAAGCCACAUUAGGAUGGGGGUGCCUUGGGAGAGCCAGGCCUUUCCCUUGUCUGACCCCAGGAGAGUGUAAAGCGGGCUCUGCACAGGACAGAGUGUACAUUGGCCUGCCCUGUUCCUCUGCCCAGAGGCUGCCUCCAUAGCAAGUGUCUCCCUGCCUUCUGGUCAGGGGAGGAUGGUCAUAAUGAGGACCACAGGUUUGAGGUGGCCAUUGAGUGGAGGGGAGAAAGGGAAUGAGGACAUGGGUGUGUGUGCGUGCAUGCAUGUGCGGGUGUGUGUGUGGGAGAAGGUCUGCUUCUGGUUUUAUUUAAAUAAAAUAGUUUAUGUAACAAUAAUGUUUACUGUCCCUGUCAGGAGUGAGGG